AUGAACUACAAUCAAGUAUACAAGACUGUGUACCAGAACACGUCACGUCAAGGACAGUGUACUGUUUCAGUUAAGGAGAAAUACAUAGACACCAACAAAAAUGAAACAGAUUUACACGAGGCCAUUUACAAAGUCGGGCCACUUGAAGUGAAGUGUCUAGUUAAGGAGGAUUGUCAAUCUGACCCAGCGCCUUUCCAGUCGUAUUGCAUUCUUCAGGACUUUAGGCAUCUGAAUAUAGUUUCGAUUGAAAACUACUAUUUUGAUGAAUGUGGCGAAGGACGAAUGGUUUUGUCCUGGGUGGACCAGACCCUUAGAGGUUGGUUGGUGAAAGUGGCAGAUGAAAAGCACAGGUUGAAAGCAUUUGAAUCGACAUGCAUGAGUUGCAAACCGUCAACCAUUUUCAGAAAAAUGGUGAUUGGUAUGUGCGAUGCAGUGCAAUGCAUGUUGAAAAACAACGUAUACCCUUGUUCCAUCCUCUUGGACGAUAUUUACUUGGUGAAUCAUGCAUCACCAACUGUUAAAAUACUUGUUUCUGAUGUGAUACAAAUUUAUCGUAACUCUCAUAGAAUCUCUCAUGAAAGGUUGAUUUGGAAAGAUGUGAGAGAAGUGGUGGAGGAAUGUGUUACAAUUGCUGCGAAAAGAGCUAUACACCCCGACACGAAGAGAUUUUUCCAGUAUAUAGGCUUUGCAAGUGUGAAGAAGUUAGAGUCCUACCCUGACACAUGGAAUGAUCAAGAUAAAAUUCAAUACCUGUUGCAUGUUAUGUCUGGGAAAAAGAAUUAUGUGAGCUCCAAAGUUAAUGGCAUUAGAAAUUUUAAUUGGCCGAAGGAAAACUCAGGUCAUUUGCCUCGUUUAUUUCGUGACCUGAAGGAUCAUCAAGAAAAAGAAACCAAGUCAACAUACAACACUAAUGAUCCUUACGACUAUCUGAGAUUGUGUCGGAAUGGCAUUAAACAUUGGGAUUUGUUACCAAGUCAUAUAACGAUCAUUUGUGGUGAUGUUUCUGGUUUCCUCCGAUAUAUAGAACGGUGGAAUCCCGGAAUUUGGUGUGAUCUAUAUGAGGCACUUGAGGCCUAA